AUGUGUCCCGAUUGCAAGAAUCCCAACGGCGAAUUCAUGGAAGAUUUUGCGAAUGGAGACAUGAUCUGCAGGGAUUGUGGGCUGGUGGUGGGCGAUCGCAUCGUGGACGUGCGGUCCGAAUGGCGUAACUUUGCCGACAGCGGUGACGACCCGAGUCGCGCAAGUCGCGUCAACGACUGGCUGCCGUCGGGCGGGUUGGCCACCGAGAUCGCGAAGCUGCCCACGGGACCCAACGGGCAGAACAACGGGCAGGGCGGCGGAGGCAAAAUGUCGCAGUGGCAGCGCCGCAUCCAGCUCAGCCAGGGCGACCAGAACCUCCUCUCGGGCUUCGACAAGAUCACCCACAUCGCCGAGAUCCUCGUCCUGCCCCAGAAGAUCAAGAACAAGGCCAAGGAGCUGUAUUCGUCGUUCGAGUCGAAGCGGAACAAGUCGAUGCGGUGCAAGAAGGACUCGAUCGUGGCGGCGAUCAUCUACAUGGCCUGCAAGGAGGAGGGCGUGCCGCGUACCUUCAAGGAGAUCUCCAAGGAGACCGAGAUCUCGGAGAAGGAGAUCCGAAAGUACUACCGCGCCCUCAACAAGAUCCUCCCCAAGGGCACCGGCCGCACCUCGGCCUCCGAUCUUGUGAACCGGUUCUGUUCGAAGUUGAAGCUGUCCAACGAGAUCAUGAACCUGGCGACGGACAUCGCCAACAAGGCGGCGGCCUUUCUGGAGGGCAAGUCGCCGUCGUCGAUCGCGGCGGCGUCGAUUCUGCUGGCCACCAAGCUGCAGGGCGAGAAGCGGUGGGAGAAGGACAUCGCGGCCGCCGCCUCCAUUUCGCCCACCACCAUCCGCAACGUGUUCAAGGAGCUCCUGCCCCACCAGGAGAGCAUCCUCCCCGAGGGCUACCGCCCUCUACAGAACGCCACCGCCUAA